GAGAUAUGAAGUUCAUAAAAGCAUCUGAAGGUAGGCUACGUCCUCACCGUUGCUCCCAGUUCCAGACAUGACCUGGAUCGACCAUUGAUCCCCAUUGCUUUUCCUGUCUUUCUUGAGGUCGCCAUUUUCCAGCACAAGUAGAAAUGCCGGACUCACCUCCAAGUGCCUCAACUUCCACGCUUUCAAGCGUGGGCGACACCAACGACGUCGAGGGCCAGAAACGUGCUUCCCGCAAGACCCUUUCCCAUUGGCGCAUGGUCAUCAGUCAAUCAGGGAUCACCGACGAUGUGCUCAACUACCACUACAAAGGGUCGGGCACGGCUGAAGACCCUUACCUCGUCGAGUACAUUCCGUUCGACCGUCGCAAUCCAAUGGAAUGGCCAGAUUGGAAGAAAUGGUUCAUCACGCUGAUUGUGGCCCUGGCCACUUUGGCUGUAUCCCUGGUCGCCUCAGCUUACUCCGCCGCCAUACCGCAAAUUAUGCAAGAAUUCGGUUGUAGCGAGGAGAUCGCAACCCUGGGAACGUCUUUCUUCGUCCUCGGUUUCUGCUUUGGCCCUACCAUCUGGGGCCCCCUAUCAGAGCUCUAUGGCCGUCAGAUCCUCUUCUUCGGGACCUUCGCAAUGGUCACGACGUUCAACGGAGCCGCUGUCGGGGCGCAUUCGAUCGCCACACUGACUGUCUUCCGCUUCAUCGCGGGGACGUUUGGCUCUUCUCCACUGACGAAUGCUGGCGGUGUGAUAGCAGACAUGUUCCCAGCCAGUCAACGUGGUCUCGGUAUGACUGUCUUCGCAGCAGCGCCGUUUCUUGGCCCUGCCUUAGGGCCUGUCAUUGGCGGCUUCAUUGCCGAGAACGUGGGCUGGCGUUGGGUCGAAGGCGUCAUGGCUCUUUACUGCGGCGUCUUCUGGAUCUUUGGAACGCUCCUUGUACCCGAGACGUACGCCCCUGUCAUCCUCAUGCGCCGCGCAAAGAACCUCAGCAAGCAAACUGGAAAAGUCUACGUCUCUGCUAUUGAGCACCGACAGGGCAAGGUUACCCCUACCGCGGCGUUCAAGAAAGCCAUCGUACGCCCGUGGGCAUUGCUGUUCCUCGAACCUAUCGUCCUGCUCAUAUCGAUCUGGAUGGCCAUCCUGUACGGCACUCUGUUCAUGCUCUUCGGAGCAUUCCCGAUUGUCUUCGCCGACGGCCGCCACUGGUCGCAAGGCAUCAGCGGCCUGGCGUUCCUAGGUGUUGCAUGUGGCCAGAUCAUCGGCACUAUCUACGCCUUCUUCGACAAUCGACGAUACCAGCGUCUGGACAAACAGUACAACGGCGACGCUCCGCCCGAAGCUCGUCUACCCCCUGCCCUGAUCGCGGCCAUCGCAAUACCCAUCGGGAUGUUCUGGUUCAGCUGGACGAAUUCCCCAUCCAUUCAUUGGAUCGUGUGCAUCAUCGGGACUGCACCGUUUGGGUUUGGGAUGGUCCUCGCCUUCCUCGCUUGUGUCAACUACCUAAUCGAUGCAUAUACGAUAUACGCCGCAAGCGUCCUGGCCGGGAACGCGAUCCUGCGAUCUCUAUUCGCUACGGUAUUCCCACUGUUCACAACAUACAUGUACCGUAAUCUUGGGAUCCAUUGGGCGAGUUCGAUCCCGGCGUUCCUCGCGGCCGCUUGUGUGCCGUUCCCGUUCGUGUUUUACAAGUACGGUAAGCAGAUCCGGUUGAAGUGCAAGUAUGCGGCGCACGCGCACGAGGUGAUGUCGCAGAUCAGAGCGAGGCAGAAGGCUAUCCAGGAAGAGGAGGAGCGAGAACGAGAUGAGGCCGACUCCGAUGCUGCCAAAAAGGGUUCGGAAGAGAAGUCAGGUGUAAUGGAUAAUAGAGAGCAGCAACCCUGAUGGAAUUGACUGGACGCAGAACCACCCACAAAAAUAUCAAUUUCAAAUAUCAAAUACCUACCUAGAAGGUGGCAAAAAGUCACCGGGCCAAGGAGUCUGCUCACACCUGCUGCUCUACCCAGGAUUCCCCUUCUCUGUCGUAGAAGACGAGGCCCCGCCCGCCAACCAAAAUCGGCCUACCUUCGAGGGGGAAUCCCGGACACACAUAACUGCCUAGACCACGGAGGUCAUAACAAGAGUGCGACACGAGGCCUCUACCAUCAGUCCAAUUCAGAGGAUAAUUCGCCGACUAUGAAUGAUAAAGUACCGCGGCGUGGUCGGUGCGGCAGAAAGGAUUGAUUUCACAGGGUAAUCGUCGAGGGCAACUUCACUGACAAAGCGGUGAUGGCGGUGAGGGGGGUAUAUUUUAGAAACAGACGGGCAGGCAUGUACGUCCGGACAAGUUGAUAGAAUAUAAACAGAAGCAUCCGUCAUUCAAGGAACUACCAAUGCCAAAGGUGCCAAAGGCAUAGAACAAGCAGGCCAGAGUAAUGCGGAAAUGCCUCGAGAUGAUCCACCCGAAGAGAACGGGAGGGAGUUAAGUACGGCUUUA